AUGGACCCCUGCUUCAGAAAGACCACUAAGCCGAUGAAGCCGGUGGCUGGAGUGAAAAGGUCCAAACUUCUCCAGGCAUUGAAUGGGGAAAUAAGGAAAGAAUGUACUGUCUCCAAGACGAUUCAGGAGCCUGGACCUUCUUCUGCUGCUGCCAACACUUCUUCUGGACCUUCUGCUGCUGCCAACACUUCAAAGCCUCUGCCUGUCUCCAAGAUUUCUCCAGAGCCUGGAUCGUCAACUUCUAUCGUCAAGAAUAUUCAAGAGCCUGGACCUUCUUCUUCUGCUGCCAACACUUUGAAACCUAGGCCUCCAUCAUCGCCAUCGUCUUCUUCUUCAUCCUCGUCUUUUGACUCCUUGUCUUCAUCAUCCUCGUCCUCGUCUUCUACGUCAUCCCCCCGAAAACAAAGAAAUAUGUCCCCCCUAUCAAUGCUACUUUCUCCCUUGAUUGUCUCCUUACUAUCCCCUAUCAAAUCUCCUGAAAAGCCAUCUCCUCCCAAAGAUAAGCCGUCUCCUCUCAAAAACAAGUCAUCUCCUAACAAAGAUAAGUCAUCUCCAAAACCUCAAACACCUAACCUAACUCUUCCUAAUUUAAAUCCAUCCUCAAACCAGAUUACCAACAUAGAUUCUCCUGAAAUAACCAUUCCAUUACCUCCACCCAAAUCCCUCCCUGCUGCACCUGCUGUUACGUACUGGCUGAACAAUGUCAUAACUCCCAGACGCAUGAAAAGAGGUCUACAGUGGGCGUCAGCUUUGCUAGAAGUUAGAAUUCUGAUUGCCUUCUUCUGGAGUUUGAAGGAUCUCCUAGAACCAGGCGCAUGA